CUCCGCCCGCCGCGAUGCUCGCCCGCGCGCUGCUGCUCUGCGCAGCGCUGGCUCUCGGCCAGGCAGCCAAUCCUUGCUGUUCCAACCCGUGUCAAAACCGAGGGGAAUGUCUGAGUGUAGGAUUUGACCGGUACAAGUGCGACUGCACCCGGACAGGCUAUUACGGUGAAAACUGUACCACACCUGAAUUUCUAACAAGAAUAAAAUUACUGCUGAAGCCCACCCCCAACACGGUGCACUAUAUACUGACCCACUUCAAAGGAGUCUGGAACAUCGUCAAUAACAUUCCCUUCCUGCGCAAUGCAAUCAUGAAAUAUGUGUUGACGUCCAGAUCUCAUCUGAUCGACAGUCCACCAACUUACAAUGCGCAUUAUGGCUACAAAAGCUGGGAAGCCUUCUCUAACCUCUCCUACUACACCAGAGCGCUUCCUCCCGUGGCGGAUGACUGCCCCACUCCCAUGGGUGUGAAAGGGAAGAAGGAGCUUCCUGAUUCAAAUGAGGUUCUGGAAAAAGUUCUUCUAAGAAGGAAGUUCAUCCCUGAUCCCCAAGGCACAAAUAUGAUGUUCGCUUUCUUUGCCCAGCAUUUUACUCAUCAGUUUUUCAAGUCAGAUCAAAAACGGGGACCAGCUUUCACCACGGGACUGGCCCAUGGGGUGGACCUAAGUCAUAUUUAUGGUGAAACUCUAGAUAGACAGCACAAACUGCGCCUUUUCAAGGAUGGAAAAAUGAAAUACCAGAUAAUUGAUGGAGAGAUGUACCCUCCCACUGUCAAAGAAACUCAAGUAGAGAUGAUGUACCCACCCUACAUCCCCGAGCAUGCACGCUUUGCUGUGGGCCAGGAGGUCUUCGGUCUGGUGCCAGGCCUGAUGAUGUACGCCACCAUCUGGCUGCGGGAGCAUAACAGAGUGUGCGAUGUGCUUAAACAGGAGCAUCCAGAGUGGGAUGAUGAACGCCUGUUCCAGACAAGCCGGCUAAUAUUGAUAGGAGAAACGAUUAAGAUAGUGAUUGAAGACUAUGUACAGCAUUUGAGCGGGUAUCAUUUCAAACUGAAGUUUGACCCAGAGCUGCUUUUCAACCAGCAAUUCCAGUACCAGAACCGCAUUGCUUCCGAGUUUAACACGCUGUAUCACUGGCAUCCCCUUCUGCCUGACACCUUUCAAAUUGAUGACCAAGUUUAUAACUUUCAACAGUUUCUCUACAACAACUCUAUAUUAGUAGAACAUGGACUUACCCAGUUUGUUGAAUCAUUCACCAAGCAAAUUGCUGGCAGGGUCGCUGGCGGUAGGAAUGUUCCCCUUGCAGUCCAAAGGGUGGCAAAGGCUUCCAUUGAGCACAGCAGAAAGAUGAAAUACCAAUCUCUGAAUGAAUACCGCAAACGCUUCUUGAUGAAACCGUAUACGUCAUUUGAAGAACUUACAGGUGAGAAGGAAAUGGCUGCAGAAUUGGAAGCCCUCUACGGUGACAUUGAUGCGAUGGAGCUGUAUCCCGCCCUUCUCGUGGAAAAACCUCGGCCAGACGCUAUUUUCGGGGAGACCAUGGUGGAGAUGGGAGCACCAUUCUCCUUGAAAGGACUUAUGGGUAACCCUAUAUGCUCACCUCACUACUGGAAGCCGAGUACUUUUGGAGGAGAAGUGGGUUUUCAGAUCGUCAACACUGCCUCCAUCCAGUCUCUCAUCUGCAAUAACGUGAAGGGCUGUCCUGUCACUGCGUUUAAUGUCCCAGAUCCGCAGCUUGCCAAAACAGUCACCAUUAACGCGAGUGCUUCCCACUCCAGACUGGAAGACCUCAGCCCCACUGUACUGCUAAAAGGACGUUCGACGGAGCUGUAGGAGUCAGUCGAGCAUAUUUAUUUAUUUAUAAGAACCAUUCUUUUUAACUUAUUAUUUAAUAAUAUUUAUAUUAAGUGCCUUGUGUUACUUAACAUCUUCUGUAACAGAAGGUAGUACAUUUGUUGCAGGGAAAAGAGUCAGACUUGUGAGGACUCCUGUGACACUACUUUACAGGUGUAUUUAUUUCAAGUUAAAGUAGAAAAUAUUUUCAGACUUUUGUAUAAACUGAUGGAAAGUGAUUUUGACAUCUUUUUACUUGAAUUUCAAUUUGUAAUAUAUUGUGAUAGAAUGAAUGCCAAGAUGUUGGAACACUUAAAUGCUGUUACAAAAGAGCAAAAUGCUGCACAUACUACACUGUCUUUAUCUCCAACACAUUAGAAACAACUGAGGUUGGGGAAUUUUAAAGAAAUGUUGAGCAUUUAAUUGUGAUGAAUGUUAAAAGCAUACACUGCCAAUAUUUUAUAAUUUUUUUUUUGUCUUUUUGAGACAGAGUCUCUCUAUGCACUUCAGGCUGGCCUUGAGCUCACUUUGUAGUCUAGGCUGGUCUCGAACUCGCAACGAUCCUCCUGCCUCAGCCUCCGAGUGCUGGGAUUACAGGCGUGAGCCACCAUGCCCAGCUUAUUUUAUAAUUUUUAAAGCAGCCUCAAAGCAAUAAUUUGAAUGUUUUAUAUAAAAAAGAUUCCAGAGUUUGUGCGACUAAUAAAUAGAAUCUAUAAAAGCAAAAAACUAUCUAAAAACAAAGAAGUAACCAAAUUAAAGUUUAAACUUGGGUUCAAACACUUGAAAGAGACUCUAUCAUAUCUGGCACUUACCAGAUUUUGCUGUGAAGUUAAUGAAUUGCCAGACAUAGUGACAUAGGCCUGUAAUCCCGGCAUCUGGGAGGCUGAGGCCAUUCUGGACCACAUAAAGAGACCCCCAUCUCACAAAAA